GUACUCACAUAAUGCUAUGAGACCGUGUGAGACGUUUGUCGUAUCGUUUAAUGGGUAAUGUGGACAGAUAGAGCCCGUUGAUAGAUGUCGGUUGUAAGCUUACAGUUGGGUCAGUGUGGGAAUCAGAUCGGACACGAGCUCUUCAGUGUCAUAAGCGAUGACUCAAAUGGACCGAACAGGAAGAAAUACAAGCAAUGCAGCGAUGAGAGAUUCUUUUAUGAAAGCUCCACUGGAGAACUUGUGGCACGGUCAGUACUUGUUGAUAUGGAACCCAAGGUUAUCUCUCAAGCAAUAGCCAAGGCUUCAAAAUCUGGAAGAUGGAGGUAUGGAGACAAAGCACAUUUCUCCCAGAAGCAGGGCUCUGGAAACAACUGGGCAAAUGGGUUCUGUGUUCAUGGACCACGUCAUGAAGAGGCAGUAGAGGAUAUGGUGCGGAUGGAGAUCGAGCGAUGUGAUCGUCUUGCAGGGAUUUUCACCAUGAUGAGUGUUGCAGGUGGCACCGGUUCUGGUGUGGGUACCUACAUCACUCAACGUUUGAGGGACUUAUACCCCCAGUCCUUCAUCCUAAAUCAAAUAACAUGGCCCUAUGGAGCUGGUGAGGUGAUCGUGCAAAACUACAACUCUGUGCUCACGCUGUCACAUCUCUACCAGCUCUCUGAUGCUAUUCUGGUUCACGAGAAUGACACUGUGCACAAAAUCUGCAGCCAUCUGAUGAACAUCAAACACAUGUCCAUCAGCGACAUUAAUAAGGUGAUCGCUCACCAGCUGGGCAGUGUGCUUCAGCCCGCUUAUACUGCUGAUUCACCCUGCCAUUACAACAGAAACCCCAUAGGGGAAUUACUGAGUUCUCUGGUGUGUCACCCUGAGUACAAACUGCUCAGCUUGAGUAACAUUCCUCAGAUGUCCAGCACGUCUCUGGCCUACAGUGUGUUUAACUGGCCUGGUCUACUCAAGCAUUUACGUCAAAUGCUCAUCGCCAGCGCUAGGAUGGAAGAAGGAAUCGACUGGACAGUAAACGUCACAUCUGGAGGAGAGAGCGUGACAAACAGUAGGCAUAAAAGUUUCAAUUCGUCACUUGCUAAUCUUCUAAUACUGCGGGGGAAAGACGUAUCUACUGCAGUUACAGAUGGUUUUAAGGAUCCUGCGUUAUAUGUGCCGUGGCUUAAAACAGAAAAUUGUUUCAGCACAUGGAACUCCCCUGUAGCUUUCAAUGGAUAUGAAAAGUCUGCCACUUUGGUCAGUAACAGCCAGUACCUUUUAAAACCACUGGACAAUAUAGUCAGGAAGGCUUGGAACAUGUUUGCCUCAAGGGCUUAUGUUCAUCAGUAUACAAAGUUUGGAAUCUCUGAGGAGGAUUUUCUGGACAGUUUUACUGCACUAGAGCAGAUCAUCUCCAGCUACACACACCUAUCAUAGUCGGUUUAUCAUAAAGAUUUGACAAUACGGAUUCCAUAUUAUAUGAUUUAACUGGCCUCUGGAGAAAUAUAUUUGUUAAAAUAGGGCAGUUAAAUUUAUCAUUUUGUGAUAUACAAAUAUUUGUUUAUCUAACUUUACCAUAGAUCAUUUAUUUGAAUAAUUUAAAUAUAUUUUAAUGAAAUAAAAGCAAUGUUUAAUUGUGA